AAUUUAGUUUGAAGUUUAAAAUGGGUAAUUUCAGACAGAAGUUACGAUUGGCUGGAUGCCCAGAGCUCAAGAUAAACUUGCGCUCUCCAGGUACACCUGGGAAAGGAAAACUUAAGAGGGCCAGAAAAUCAGAAGUAAAUUUCCUGCCAGACCUCCCUGAGGGAAAAACACAACGUUCCCUCGAAGACGAAAGAACGGAGAUGGUCACCGAAAUGAAGAAGAAGAAAAUUGAUGGGCAGAAAAGAAAAGAAAUGAUGACCAGCACCUUUUCUUUACGGAGAAAACAAAUUGUGGAGGAUGAGCCACCUGUGGCCGACGUGAGAGCAAGAUGGCCAGCACUGUUCUCUGAACGUCAGAUUGAAGCAGAGUUUGCUCGCCUUACGUCUGUUGACCUGAAAGGCUCCCUCUUCGCUGGCCUGGACAAGUAUCUGCUGAGGUUUCUUGAGGUGUACAGAGCCAGGAGUGGGCUGGUGGAGCUGAACAGCCUUUUGAGUACUCUGGAUAAUGACAGUUCCAAUCAAAGGCAAAGGGCAGUUGUUUUGAUGGGGCUCCCCUACUAUCUAAAAGAUGUGGCCAAACUUUACAAGAAAGUACAGGUCACAGAUGCAGAGGAGGACUGGACAAAGGGGAUGGCAGUCGGUAUCCUUAUGGUGGAACAGAAUGAUCGGGUCGGUUUCGCAGUGGUCCUCGAGGAAGAAAUCAUCUUUCCAAGCAUCAGUGAUUUUCCAACUGCUGUGGCACUGCUAAUGGGUCUGCUCUUUGCCCUCAACAUAGACUACCCCAGAGACCUCAAGUACACUUUUGAGGUGAUUCAGAAGGUGCUAAUGGACAUUGGUGGAGGGCAAUGCUCUGCAUUAGUUCAUGGGUUAAAAAAACCGACUUUUGAGAAAGAAAAAGUAAGCUUAAAAGCUGCUUUUUACAUUGUUGUUAGUUUUGAUGCAUUUUUUCUAAAUGCACAUUGUUCCGUUUACGUUUUACACUAUUUGUAA